ACAGGGCUCGGCCCGGCGGCGCCGCCGCCCCCGGGACGGACGCGCCCGCGGCAAGAUGGGCGCCCUGGCCCUGGCCCUGGGGAUUUUCCACUACCUGGGGCUCUACCUGCAGCUCGGCGCCGCCUCCCGGCACCCCCCGUGGGACGCCCCGGCGGCGGGCAGCGCAGCUCUCUUCACCGAGACCCCGCACGACAUGACGGCGCAGGCCGGGGAGGAUGUGGAGAUGGCGUGCUCCUUCCGCGGCAGCGGCUCCCCCUCCUACUCCCUGGAGAUCCAGUGGUGGUACGUCCGCAACCACAAGGACUGGACGGACAAACAGACGUGGGCUUCCAGUCAGCUGCAAUCAUCACCACCAGAGGAGCCCGGGAAAGAGGCGACAAAAAUCAGCGUGGUGAAGGUGGUCGGCAGCAACAUCUCCCACAAGCUGCGGCUGUCGCGGGUGAAGCUGGAGGACGAGGGGACCUACGAGUGCCGGGUGAUCGACUCCAGCGACGGCAAGGCACGGCACCACAAGGUGAAGGCGUACCUGCGGGUGGAGGCGGCGGGGGGCCCGGGGCACCCCCAGGACACCGAGCUGCGGGAGGCGCCGCUGGCAGAGCUCGCAGCGCCGGGCUCAGCGCACGCACACCACCACCAGCACCAGCACAAAGCCGGGAGGGAGCUCAAGAAGCGCUCGGCAGACGCCUCCUGCGUGCUGUAGGUGGGCGCUGCGGGGGGACGCCGGAGCCCCCCCGCGCCCCGGACUCAGCGGGGCCAUCGAGGGUCCCGCAGCCCCUGCCAGAGACUGGCCCCAGCCCCCGGCUUGUCCAGCGCCCCUCGCCCCCUCCCUGUCCCGGGGCCCGGCGGUGCCAGGGCUCGGCGCGGCGCGGGGCCGGACCCGCCGGUGCCACGGCUGCAUCCCGGGGCCGUGCCCGGGGCCAGGGCGUGUGCCCACGCGUGGUGUCCCCAUCCCCGGCCUCGUGCGGGCGGUGCCGCGGGCUGUGCUGUGCCCCAGCUCUGCGCCCCACGGGACCCUCCCUGCCCUCCCCCGUGCUUCGCAGACCCAGCCGCCUGUUCCUGUAGGUUGCCCCGUUUAGUUGCUCGGUUCCAGCCCCACAGUGCGUGUCUAAGUUCCAGCCUCCAUCCUACAGCCCGUGUGUAUCCCCCCGCCCUGCCCUGCCCUGCCCUGCCUGCCCCGCAGCCCCCAGCACGUCAAGGCCUGAGCUCAGCAGAGGAAGGACGGCACGGCACAUUGCUGGCACCUCGGGCAUCGCUCAGCCAGGCAGCUGCCCGUGCUCCGUGUGUGCCCGGGAAGGCAGACACCUCCUGUGCCAUGGGCGCUGGCCCCUCGCACCCAUCACUCCUCUCCCCUCGCAUCUCACCCAGGAUGGGGCGCUCACCCUCCAGCCCCGUCCAGCCCAUCCCGCCGCCCGUGCUGCCGUGGCUCCCGGCCCCCUCCCGGUGCAGCAUCCCUCCCCUCCAGGCCACAGCAGCACGCUGCCCCGGCAGGGUCUGGCCCAGGGGCUCUUGUGCCGCAGUGCCAACAGCAGAGCCCGUCCCUGCUGUCCCCAGGGUGACCGCGGCCGCUGGGGCCGGAGCUGCGGGGAGAGAGAGGGGGGCCCGAGCCUCCCCCCGGGUGCUGCUCCCCUGCUGCCCCCCAGCCUGCCGCCAUCAGACCUGCUGCAGCUAAUAAAGCUCUUUAAAGGAA